AAGAUAUUAAUCAUAACCGCAUAGCUGGUGACGAAAAAGGACAAUACGGUGAUUGUACAGAUCGAGAAAAUGAGUUUUAUUUUCCAGAUCAAGAGUACUAUGUAGUUGCAAAAGUUCAAAGCAGUUUUCAGAAAGAGAAAGUGCGAGGUCCUUACAAUGGCAAUGACUGUUUUUGCAUAGGUGGUACUGUUGAUACUUUUAAAUUUGGAAAUUGGAACUGUAGUACAUUGUACGAUUGUCAAUGA